AUGGAACUCCCGCACGAACUCUGGUACGAGAUACUGCAGCGUGUACUAGCCGACAGCAUCCACUCUGUCAGUACACUGGCGGAGGAAGCGACGCCACAAUGGGAUAUGGACGUCGUUGGGAUCCUGUCCUCGGUGUCGGGGAUGUUCAGGGCAAUUGCGAUCGAUCUUUCCGUGAAGGUACUGGCGGUCUCCCCCUAUUCGGAUCCGGACCUCAAUCCCGCGGAAGCGGCUAGACACGCAAUGCAGUACCUUCGCUGCCUUGCGAAGCAGACCUCGGAUGUCGGGGAGGAGGAAACGCGCGUUUGGUCUAGAAUGCCCGCGAUGACCACGUCGCCACUCCUUCAAGGGUACACACUAUAUCUGAACGCUGUGGCGCUGCGGCGGAAGUACCGCUAUUCUCAACGGAAACAGCCAAGAGAGGGUGGGCCUUCUGCGUACUGCAAUUCGUCGCCGUCACAACGCGCAGACGUUGACGACUUGGUGAUCGCAUUGGAGAAAAGCAGGCUCGUAGCCCCGAACGCUAUGGCGGGUCUCCUUGAUGAGGUGGUGCGGGAGGAGAUCAAGCGGAUCAAUAUGGAAGUGGACUGA